UAGGCAGACAUCUCCAUUAGAUAAGUACGUCGACAAAUAGGUUUGAAUCAUCAGUCCUAACUGGCAGUCGGGACAACGCGCGUGUAUCCAGCGCUACGAAAAAAAAGUUUAGUUUAAAAAGUAAUAGUUCCAUUUUCAAAAAUGUAUUGUGACUGGCCAACUUUGGGGCGGUGUUGCUUUUGCAUGCCGUUAAGACGAGGAAUUCUCACUUUCGGAUACAUUAAUUUAAUAUUCAGUGCGUUUAUGGUGGGAGUGUACAGUUACUCAGUGCACACAGAAUUCGGUUUGUUCGCGGUAUACCAUGGGACGACCGUGGGAGCGUCUGUGCCUGAAGGAGCGUGUGUCUUCAUCUACUGUGUAGAAAUAAUCUUCACUGCUAUUUUAUUAUAUGGAACACAUAAGAAACUAAUAACGUAUAUUAGGGUAUACUACUACUUCGCCGUGACCACGACUGUGGCGUCCUGCCUCGUGCAAAUCUUAGACUUCACUAUAGCCGUCAGCACCAGAUCAGGAUUGUACAUGAUUUUUGAGGUUCUACCUCUUAUGUUCGCCUCAAUGUCCAUCCAAAUCUACCUCAUCAUCCUAAUAAGGAGUCUAUUAAAGAAGAUGGAGCAGUCAGGUCCUCACGGCUAUGAGAACCAGCUCCAACAAAUAGUGUACGAAGGGAAGGUGGAAUCCAAUGGAGUCUAUGACCCUACCGUGGUACCGGUAGACGUGUAGAUGAAAACGGUAGAUAGUAGGUAAUCACCCAUUACUUGUUAAGUGUCCGAAAUACUCAUGAAAAGUCAAUGAGAGGCUAUUUUUUUUAAGUGAAUGGAAUGAAUCUCGUAUGUCAAAGUUGUAAUGAAAUCUCCAAUUUAAAUCACUGAAGAAUUUUGGAAACUGAUUUGUUUUAAACUGUUCCUUGAUAUCAUUUUGCACAGGUACAUUUUGCAUAAGUAAAUAUCAGUAAAGAAAAAAUAUCUAACGCCCUCAAUUUUGUAAGUGAAUGGAUGGAAUCUCACAGAUUAAAGUCAUAAUGACAUCUCAUAUAUCUCAUCUCAUCUCACAUAAACAAUUUUGAAAAGUGAUUUGUUUAAAAUUGUUCCUUGAUAUCUUUUUGCACAGGUAUAUUUUGCACAAGUAACGGCCCUGAAUCUCAUUUAUGAGUCACAUGUAGGUACUAAAGUCACAUCUUGUGUAAAAUUAUUGCUACAUGUAAUAAUUGGAUAGUUUCCAGGUAUAAUAUCUAGUUAGUCCGUCGGUUAGAUAAUCAAAAAAUAUUAGACACGUAUUUUUUUUUUCUCGUAUUAAAUUGCAAUACUUAGAUAAA